AACAGGCAACACUACGCCUAAAACACCAUUGGGAACGGAGCCGCGAUUGAUCCACAAAGAAUCAGGGUAUUAAAUUCCAGCAGCGACACUUACACCACUGCGUAGCUACACUACCGAAUUGGGCGAGCCGAAAUACAACAGUAUCCGUCUCUACAACGCUAACCUCUUGUUGCCGAAUGCCCAUCUUCACCAUUUGAAAAUUACCACGAGGUGCCUUAGCGACCUUCAUCAAGAGCCCCGUUCGAGCCUUGCGCAUCCACCCUUGCCAUGGCACAACACCACCACCCGGCCACCCCCGGAGCAUCCGCCGCAGGCCCUUCCGUCUUGGGCGGGCAAGGCCAAACUACUACCAGCGUCACGCCGCAGGUCUCUGCGUCCUCAUCUGCACUGACGCCGGCCUCGGCAUCCUCCAGCAAUACGUACAUCAUGCCGAACUCGCCGCUCAAGAACCGCGGCCUUGCGGACGGCUACCGGCCCAGAGUGACGCGCACCCUUGGCCAGCGCCCUGCUUGCCUCGUCAAUGCAUCCGUGACGUAUUGCGGGAACAACCAGAUCUACGCCUUUGGCGGUUUCGACCAGUACACUGACGAGGUGUACAACCAUGUGUUGCGCCUGGACCUGGUCAGCCACCAGUGGACUCUGGUCGACAACUAUGGCGAUAUUCCGGGGGUUCGGAUGGGUCACACGGCAACCCUUUACAAGGGCGACAAGUUGCUGGUCUUUGGUGGGGAGAACGAGCAUCGAACCUACCUCUCCGACCUGAUCAUCUUUGACCUGAAGACGGCCCACUGGACACAGCCCCAAGUCUCGGGGCCGAUUCCAAAGGGGCGCGCACGGCAUGCUGCCGUGUUACACGAGGACAAGCUCUUCAUCGUCGGCGGCAUCACUGGCCAUGAUAACUACGUGUUGGACGACAUAUGCUACCUGGAUCUAAAGACUUUCACCUGGUCGAGGUCGUGGCGCUUUGUCGGCCGCUUUGAUCAUUCGGCGUACAUAUGGAGCGAUCGGGUCUGGGUAUUCGGCGGCCUGAGCGAGGACAUGGACAAGGUUAGCGACCUGUGGUGGCUCGAUCUCAAAGGAAACCCGGCCUUCGAAUCUCCGCCGCAAAUCGGCUACCUGGACAAGUCGGGCCUGGUGAGAAGCGCCGUAUCGCCACGGCCGCCCUACCAGGUCUCACAGUCCCCCGUGGUCGGGUCGUCGGGUUACGCAGCCAACUCGCGGACGCCGCAAGUAAACACCCCGUCGUUCCAUCUCAAGACAUAUGCGCCCCCCGCACCGGGCGCCAUCUCCGCGCUGAAAUUCGUCAGCGGCUCGUCCGUCCCGUCCCAGAUGCAGGGCAUCCACUUCCACGUAUACUCGUCCGGAACGCUUCUAGACUUUGUAACGCCGGCGGCGACCAUCACGUCCAAGGACUGCUCGCUCUCCGCGCUCGACUUGGGCACGUUGAGGUGGCAGAAGCUUGCCGAAGGAAGGGAGAUCUUCAAGCCGGGCUACCGCUGGCACUACUGCACGCUGAAUGAGGACGGCACCAAGGCAUGGCUGCUGGGCUGCCCCACGGAAGCCGGGGCGAUGGAACUCGGCGCUAAUGGCCUCGAGGAAUACCUGUCCGACAUAAUGGAGAUUGACCUGCGCCGCUACGGCUUCCUCGGCAACAACCUGGCAUCGGAAGCGAGGACAGACCUGGCUCGGCCCUCGUUACGAGCGCGCAGUGUGGAACCGCCCUCUAAGGGACUAGGAGCCGAUCUCGCGAGGCUCUUCAACAAGCCCCCGGAGACCGGGAGCGGCACCGAUUUCGUCGUCACUGCGCUCUCGCGCGAUUUUGACGAGGAUGAAGUUAUGGGCUCGGCGCUGAUGCACGCGAACGAGCCCGACGAAGGCAGCCAGACCUGGCUCGCUCCGGAUGCGCCGACCUCACCGCCGAUCUACGUCCACCGGCUCAUCCUGCAGGCCCGCUGGCCGCACUUUGCGCGCCUCUGGGCCAGCCAGAUGGCCGAGUUCCACACCAAGAAGAUGCACAUCCCCGAGCCCUACAGCGUCGUCAAGGCCUUCCUCUACUACCUCUACACGGACCGCAUCGACCCCGCGGACGACGACGCCGAGGAGAACACCAUGAGCGACCUGUCGGACGUGGCGGGCCUGCUCGUCAUGUCCAACAUCUACAACAUCCCGCACCUGCGGCUGCUGUGCGUCAACCGCCUGAGCAAGGAGCUCGACGUGGACCACGCCUGCAUCAUCUGGUACUGCGCGGGCCUGGCCAACGAGGAGUGGCUGCGCAAGCGCGCCGCCGGCUUCUGCAUGACGCACUGGGGCCGCGUCGUGCGCACCGCCGGCUUCCAGAGACUGCCGCGCACCGCCCUGGUCGAGCUGUCGCAGGAGGUCGACAUGGAGGGCCGGGUCGUCGGCGGCGACGAGCUCGACAACAUGAUCAUGGACGGCGUGGGCGGCCGCUACGGCGACGGCGCCCUGUCGGCCGCCUCGCGCCGCAAGGAGAGCGUCAGCAGCAACCAGACCCAGAUGCUCGAGACCGAGGAUGACGACGAAGACGACGGUAUGGAAAUGUCCUAGAUUGACAUUCGAGCAAGGAGGAGGAAGGGUCGUC